AUGUCCUUCCCCAAGCUGGCUGUAGGUACUCCAACACAAGCUCAGCUUCGCCCAGUGCAGCAAACUGACACUUCACAGUCGUCGCCAGCGCUCGAUUCCAUUGUCCGCGGCUACUUCUUCUGCCCCGGCUCUCGAUGCUCACCAACGCGCACCCGCGUCUUUUCCACGCUUCCCCGCCGUAACCAGCACAGCCAGCACGCACAGUCGCCCUCCAGUUGGGAAAAUGACCCUAAUUCCAACAUCACGACCUCCUCUCAAAUCAAUGAGGCCUUCGAGGAAGCCCUUCGUCAAAUCGUCGGGCAGUUUCGGGCGCCCAUCCGGUACGCCGUUGCUUAUGGGAGUGGCGUCCUUGGGCAGAAAAACACCAGCAGAAAAGGUGGGCCCGGUCCGGACUGGAGUCCACACCCAGAUCCCCCGAAAGCAGUAGUGGAAUGGCAGAAGAGCGGCGCGAAAAUGAUCGACUUCAUCUUUGGCGUCAGCCAUACGCAGCAGUGGCAUGACCUGAAUCUAGCCCAACAUCCGUGCCACUAUAGCGGCCUGCGAUACCUCCCCUACGCCAGUGCCGCCAUAAGCCGCAUCCAGGACUCCCUAGGCGCCGGCGUCUAUUUCAACCCUUACAUCACGGUCAACGGCACGAUGAUCAAGUACGGCGUCGUCAACUUGGACACCCUGGCCGCCGAUCUGAGCGAAUGGCGGACCCUCUACCUGGCCGGCCGUCUGCAGAAACCGGUUAAGAUCUUGCGCGACGACCCGCGGGUGCGCCUCGCGAGUCAAGUGAACUUGGCUUCUGCCUUGCGCUUAGCGCUGCUGAUGUUGCCGGAGCGUUUCACCGAACGGCAGCUGUACGAGCGCAUCGCUGGACUGUCCUAUAUAGGCGACCCUCGAAUGAAUUCCUUUCUCUCGGGCGAAAACCCGAACAAGGUCUCCAACAUUGUCCGGGGACAAUUGCCUAGUUUCAGACAGCUCUAUGCACCUCUGAUGAACGAGCUGCCGAAUCUGGACUUUAACGAGUCGUCCACGCAGCGCGACAUCGACGGGGGGAAUGAGGACGGCUUGAGUUUGCAGCAGGACAUGGAUCCCGUGAAGCGCGGGGAUAUGGUCCUGCGCCUGCCGCGCGCGUUCCGGAGGAAGCUAUACGACCAGUACAAGAAGUUUGGCGUUCCUGCGAACUUGGAUAAUGGUGAGGCAGGCGAGUUCGAGCAGCGCAUUGCCACGCACGAAGACCUCCCUGCCGUGAUAGGCAACAUUGGAUGGCGUGCUUUAUCUCAACCGAAGCGAGGAUUGUCCAGGAGGAGGCGCUUCAGAUCAAGUCUCCUCAAUGUACCAGGAAGUGAUGACAGAGAUGACAUGGCUUCAAGACAGUCGAUGUUUCCAUCUCAUGCCAUUCUCCAGACUUCCGGCUAUGGCCAUGGGGAUCCGUCAAGAAACCACAAGCGUGAGACAUGGAUUUCUCGCCGGCCCGCAGAUAUCAUUGCCUCUGCAUUGAUGUCCGAAUCGUGUGUCUGCAGUAAAAGAGGUGUCCAUGUUCCCAAACUGGCACUGCGACAUCCAGAAACGGAAUUUCUCGCCUUAUAA